UUUAUAAUUAUAUUUCAUUAAUCAUUUUUUUAAAUUAUUAUUAAUAUUGACGUGAACGCUUCUGAAAAAUAGUAUGUCCAAAACCGACACCGACAUUUAUAAUUAUGUUUCAUUAAUAUUUUUUCAAAUUAUUAUUAAUAUUUUUCACUGAAUUUUUAUGAUUUGAAUCUUUAUGAUUUGAAGUGGACUUGUAUAUAUUGUAUUUCAGCAUCCAGAGCCAUAUUUGUGUGAACUUCUGUCUCUUUUUUUCAGCUUGUAGGUAGAAGGAAGAGGGUUUAGUUCCGGCUUCUAUCAAAUUGACAAGAGUUGAAGACGAUGGUGAGGUCUACUGCCAAGGAUGCAAAAGAUCUUAUCCGCGCUCUUUGGUCUGCUUAUUCCGCAACCCCGACUAAUCUCAAGAUUAUUGAUCAUUAUGUUGUGUUCGCCGUCUUCACCGCCCUCAUUCAGGUAGUUUACAUGGCUUUGGUGGGAACAUUUCCAUUUAACUCCUUCCUUUCCGGAGUACUUUCUUGCGUAGGGACUGCAGUUCUUGCUGUUUGUCUGCGGAUCCAAGUGAAUAAAGAGAACAAGGAAUUCAAGGACUUUGCACCCGAGCGCGCUUUUGCGGAUUUUGUUUUCUGCAAUGUGGUGCUGCAUUUGGUGAUCAUGAACUUCCUUGGUUAA